AUUGGGAGGAUCUUGAGAUGUUGGAAGGUUUAGAAAGAGAGCUGACACCUUGGGAGAAAACAUAUCUUGACGAGCUUCAUGAGCGAAGGAAUAUAGAGGAGUAUGAACGUCAACUCAUGGAAGCCCAAGAAGCAAGGGUGAUCGAUGUCCAAGGUAACAAUGGUGAUGAAGGUGCGCUGAAUUUUCUAAUCCUUGAGGACAAGGAAAGUCUUGAAGAGGAAGGGAAUGAUACGGAAGUGGUUAUUAACCCCGGUGAAUCCAAAGAUGAGGAUGACGAUGGUCUUGUUAUUUGGCUAGAAAACAUGUUGGAAGAGCCAUCUAGUCCUAUUUACCGGCCAUCAUGUGUGAGGGAUUGGCCGAAAGGAUGUGGUCCACGAGCUAAGCUUAAGCCUAAGAGACGCAAGACAAAACGAGCUCGAAGGAAACACAAGACGAAGGCAAAAGAAGAGAAGUGUUGGUGCAAGCCAUGUGCGAGAAAGAGACGAGCAUGGAAGAUGGAGGCUCGAAGGCGAGGUAAGCAAAGGAUGGAAGAGAAUUGGAUAUGGAAAGCUGGGGAUUGCCAUAAUGGAAAGUGUGUUGAAGGAUGGGACCCGUGGGAUGAACCAGGACCAUUGGGCAAGCACUUGGAGUCGGUUGGCAACGAGGGUGCGAGCACGAGAAAGGAACGCGCAUCGUGCCUUGAUGCGCGCAAAUGGUCGAAUGAGCGAGACGAUGUACGGGAGUACACGAUGAGCGAGCAGGCCACGGAGGCCGACUGGCAUGCGUGCGGGGAAGCCGACAUUGGCGCGGGGCUCGCGGGCAGCAGCGA